AUGAAAUCAAGAAUAAAUAAUAAGGUGAAGGAAAAUUCAUACCAAGAAUAUUCUAGAAAACAUGAUAGGUACAAUAUUGAGGAUGCAGUGAAAUUUAUAAAAAAUAAUUUAUUUUUCAAAAAAUUCAAAAACAUCCACAAUGUAGGUCAAUAUGCAAGAUUUAAUAUAUGCCCCCCAAACAACAUCAGCCGCAAGGAUAAUGAAAUCGAACGAAAGAUACUUACAGUACUGAAAAAGGAAAAAAAGUAUUUGAAAAAAUAUUCAAAAAAAUAUAACCUCAUGGAAAGUACAAUAGAAAAUAAGGAAAGAAAUGUAAAGGAAAGAGAGGAAAGAGGACUUAUGUAUGUAUAUAACAUAUGCGAACAUAUUUUAAACGGUCGAGAUAGUACCCUUGGUACAGGGAUAUACACAAGCAUAAAUAAAAAUAGCAAUGAUAGUAGUAAUAGUAAAAGGAUAUUUAUAAAUGAAAUUAAUGAGUUACUUACCGAAAUUGUGCAUAUCACAUUAACAAAGGAUAAUCUAGAAAGUAGCUUACUAGAUUUAUUAAAUGAAAACUACGUAGAUUUCAUAAUAAAUAUUAUUAAAAAUAAAGAACAGAUAAAGAGAGAUAUAAAAUUACUGAGUAGGUAUGUAGAUAUAAAGGAAAAUACUGUAGGUGCAAACUUUUUUAUAACGAAUAAAACAUCAAAAAAAAUGAAUAAUAAGAGUGUACUACUAAGUAAUAGGGAAAAUAUUGAAAAGAUAAUAGAUUUCUUUAUAUAUUGUGUAAAGGAAAAUUCUUUUGAGCAUUUUAAAAAAAUAUAUAUACCUAACGAAGAUAAUAAGUUAGAAGAAAUUAACGUACCAAAAAAUACCUAUUAUUCCUAUGAAGAUAAUGUUACAAAAGUCAAAAUUAAUAGAUUAGAAAAUUUUCAUUUUGAUAAAAAUGAGUUAGUACCUGUACGUGUCUUACCUUUCUGGUAUAAAUACAUAUUCGAAUUUGAAUACUUUAAUUAUAUUCAAUCGAAGGUCUUUAAAUCAGCAUUUCAUACAAAUAAAAAUUUAUUAGUAGCAGCCCCAACCGGCUGUGGUAAAACGAAUAUAGCUUUAUUAGUUAUAUUACAACAAAUUAUGUUAUUCUGCGAACAGAAUAAUAUUAAUUUGAACAGCCUUGUUAAAUCAUAUUUAGGAACACACGGUAUUAACUAUGAACAAGAGGAAAAAACAAAAAAUAUAAAUAGCAACCAUCUAAAGGACGGCGAAGCAAAUAGUCAAAGGAGUGAUAUUGAAGAAGUCGUAAAAAGGGACUUGAAGAAAGAAUACGAAAAAAAUGAUCACACUGAAGGAGAUCAGGAUGAUGAUAAGAAUACACUUGAUGUAUAUGAUAAUUUGAGCGAUAAAAAGAGAAAGUCCUCAGAUGAUAAUGUUUCUUCCUACAGCUAUGACAAUAAUAGUGUGUUCUCAAAUGCAGCAAGAAGGGAAGAAGUGGAUAUAAAUUCAAAAGAAUUUAAAAUUAUUUAUAUUGCACCAAUGAAGUCGUUAGUAUUCGAAAUAACAAAUAUAUUUCAAAAAAAAUUAAAAAUAUUUAACUUAAAAGUAUGUGAAUAUACCAAAGAACACAGUUUAACAUCGAAAGAAUUGGAACAUGUACAUAUAAUUGUCACUGUCCCAGAAAAGUUGGAUAUACUACUAAGAAAUAGUAAUUACUCAACUACUGUAUCUGAUGAAUCGUUAAUUAAGUGUAUCAAAUGCUUAAUACUUGAUGAAGUUCAUUUAUUAAAUACUGAUAGAGGAGAUGUAAUAGAAACAAUAGUUGCAAGAUUUUUUAGAUACUCAGAAACUUCUCAAUCGGUUCGAAGAAUAGUUGCUAUGUCUGCUACUUUACCAAAUUACAAAGAUGUUAGUGAUUUUUUAAAAGUUGAAAAUGACAUGUGUUUUUACUUUAGUGAAAAGUAUCGUUCUAUACAACUAGAUAAAACUUUAUAUGGGAUACAUGAAAAGAAUAAUCAUAAAUUGUACUUAGCAAAAAAUAUGUAUACAUAUAAUGAAAUAAUUAAUAGUCUUAAAAAAGAUAAACAGUGCAUAAUUUUUGUGUGCUCAAGAAAUGAAACAAAUAAAACGAUUGAAUUCUUAAUUGACCAUGCCUUAAAGAAUGAUGAAAUAAAUUACUUUACAAAUAAUUUAUACAUGGACUAUAAUAUAAACAAAAGAAUUAAAAAGUCAAACAAUGUCUAUAUUAAACAGUUCUUUGAAUAUGGUUGUACUAUACAUCAUGCUGGUAUGGCAAGGUCAGAUAAAAUACUAGUAGAAGAUUUGUUUAGAAAAAAAGCCUUCAAUGUUCUAUGUUGUACAUCUACUCUUGCAUGGGGUGUUAAUUUACCUGUACACACAGUUAUUAUCAAAGGAACGAAUUAUUUCUCCUCAGAAAGUGGAAAAGUAGAAGAUUUAGAUAUUCUAAAUAUAAAUCAAAUAUUUGGUAGAUGUGGUAGACCACAAUAUGAAAGUCAUGGUCAUGCUAUUCUAAUAACAGAAAGAACGAAAUUAUAUAAAUAUAUAAAAUUAUUAACAAACAAUACUAUUAUAGAAUCAAACUUUUUAAAAAAUAUAGAAAAUCACUUAAAUGCAGAAAUAAGCAUAGGUACAACCAAAAAUGUAGAAGAUGCAAUUAAAUGGCUAGAAUAUACAUACCUAUUUGUACGUAUGAAAAAAAAUCCUUUUCUAUAUGAUUCCGAUUUGACAAAUGAUAUCAAUUUAUAUAAUAAAAGAAAAGAAAUAAUCUUAAAGGCAAUUCAUAACUUAAGUGAAAAUAAACUAGUUAGAAGAAUUCUUUUAACCAAUGAUUUUGUAGGAACUUUCUAUGGACAAAUAGCAGCAAAAUAUUAUGUUGAUUAUAAAACCAUAGGAAUAUUUGCAUCAAAUAUAGAUAAUGGUAAUUAUAUAGAAAUUCUUGAUGUUAUAAGCAAAGCAAAAGAAUUUGAAAACAUACAAAUAAGAAAUGAAGACAUGAAAGAUUUUCUUUAUUUAAAACAAAAAUGCGAUAUUAAAGAAGAGUAUGACGAAUCAAAAGCCAUGACUUUACGUAUAUUAAUAGAAGCAUACUUAAGAAGAUUACAAAUAAAUAAUUUUUCCAUAAUAUGUGAAAUUAAUUAUACGGUACAAAAUAUUAUAAGAAUAUUAUAUGCAUAUUAUGAAAUAUGCUUAAAUAUCUUGAAAAAUAUAUCUAACCUAAUUAUGAACACCCAUAAUCUCAUUUUAGCAAUUUUAAGAAGACUUCCAAUUAAUGCAGGCAUAUUUAGGCAUUUCUGUUAUAAAAAUGAAUUAACUGACAAGAAAAAUAUAUUUGUUUCAAAUAACCGAAAGGGGAAAAAUUUUAAAGAUCAAGCAGAUAUUACACAGAACAAAAUUGAUGAUAAGAGCGCACACGUAAACUUAGUUGAUCUGCAUCAAGAAGAUGAAUAUCACAACGACAAUGUCCGAAGUAGAAGAAACCAAAAUUACACAGUGUACCUAAAAGAAGCGAUAGUAAAUAUAUUAGAAAAAAAAAAUCUUACAUAUGAAUCUAUAGAAAAUCUAAAUAAAAGCGAAUUAUUAUUCUUUCUAAGGAAUGAAGUAUAUACUAAUCAAAUUUUAUAUUAUAAAAACAUAAUACCCAACUUACACAUUGAAGGGUACAUUCAACCAAUAACACAAACAAUUAUGAAAAUUAAUUUAAAUGUUCACCUAAAAAAUACUAUCUGGUCGGAUCAAUGGAAUGAUACAAAAGAAAACUUUCAUCUCUUUUUAUUGAAUACAUUAAACAAUGAUAUAUUAUAUUUUCAAAAUUUUGCAAUUCAUAAAAAAGAUAGAAAGAAAAUACAUGAUAUAUCUUUUGAAUUCCCAUUAUCGAAUCAAAUGCCUCCACAAAUAACAGCUCAAUUCAUGUCAAUGAAUUGGCAUAACUUAUCUUUUGUUCACAUUUUUAAUACAAAUAAUUUAUUUAUUAAUCAAAAAAUAAACAUCUUUUCUGAAAUUUUACCCAUUGUUCCCCUGUCAACGCAAGUCUUGAAAGUACAGAAUUACAUCAAAUUCUUUUCUUUUAAAUAUUUUAAUCCUAUACAAACCCAAAUGUUUCAUGCAGCUUUUCACACAGACGAGAAUCUUUUACUCGGGGCACCCACAGGAAGCGGGAAAACGGUAAUUGGGGAACUGUGCAUAUUGAGGAAUAUGCUAACUCAUGAAAAUGAAAAAUCUGUUUAUAUAUGCCCUAUGAAAGCUAUAGUAAAUGAAAGAUACAAAAGCUGGAAAAGCAAAUUUAAGGUUCUGUUUAAUAAAAAUGUUAUUGAACUAACCGGAGAAAAAAAUGAAAAUAAAGAGAGUAUAACAGAUAGUAAUAUCAUAAUAUGUACUCCUGAAAAGUUGGAUGUUAUAUCCAGAAAUUGGAAAAAUAAAAAAUUCGUAAAAAGCAUUAAUUUGAUAAUAUUUGAUGAAAUACAUUUAUUAGGUCAAGAAAACAGGGGAGGAGUAAUUGAAAUUUUGGUAAAUCGAUUUAAAAAUAUGCAAGAUGAAUUAAACAAAAAAAUUAGGCUGGUUGGAUUAACAACCGUUAUAACAAGUGUUGAUGAUCUAAUUUUAUGGUUAGAUGUUAAAGAAAAUUAUCUUUUUAAUUUCCCUUCCUCGUGUCGUAUAGUACCUUGUAAAACACAUAUCUUGGGAUUUACACAAAAAGCAUAUUGUGCUAGAAUGUCUGUAAUGAAUAAACAUGUUUUUGAUGCUAUUCAUCAGUAUGCACAACAAAAAAAUGUUUUAAUUUUUGUCUCCUCAAGAAGACAAACAAGACUAACGGCCUUUGAUAUAAUUUCCCUUAACUUAAGUUCCCAUAAUUUAAAUUUUCUACACCCACAAAAUUUAUUAAAUGAUAAGAAUUAUAUUCAGGUUUUACUAAACAAAAGAAAAGGAAAAGAGGAAAAACAUAAGAACAACACAAAUGGAAAUAAUAUGUUAAUCAAAUGUAGCAAUAUCAUAAAUUAUGCAAAACGUUCAAGUAAUAAUAGGAUAAAUCAUAAAGAAACAGAGGAGUCCAAACAUAUUAAUGGAAUGGGGUUUUUUUCCUUUAAUUACAAAGAUACAGAUAUAUUUGAUUAUAAUUCAUUGCUAAAUAAAAACUUGUUGGAACAUGAAAAGGAGGAAGUUGGAAAUUUACUUUUUCAGAAUUAUUUAAAUAUAAUAGAGAAUGAACAUUUAAAAGAACUUUUAAAAUACGGAAUAGGAAUUCAUCAUGCAGGACUAAAUGAAAGUGACAAAAACAUUGUCGAAUAUUUUUUUCUCAAUAAAAUUAUACAAAUACUAAUAUGUACAUCUACUUUAGCCUGGGGUAUUAAUCUACCUGCAUAUUUAGUUAUUAUAAAAGGGAAUGAAUUUUAUGAUGCCAAAACAAAAAAAUAUAAAGACAUAUCAUACACAGAUUUAUUGCAAAUGAUUGGAAGAGCUGGUAGACCACAAUUUGAUGAUAAAGCAUUAGCUAUUUUAUUAGUUCAAGAAAAAAGAAAAAAUGCAAUAAAAAAUUUUUUGUAUCAUCCUAUGAAUAUAGAAUCAAAUAUCAUGGAAAAUAUAAAUGAACAUAUAAAUGCUGAAAUCUGUUCUGAUGUAAUUAAAAAUAAAGAAGAUAUUUUUAAUUAUAUUACUAAAUCUUAUUAUUUUAAAAGAUUAUUUUCUAAUCCUUCGUAUUAUUUAAAGGAUGUACAAUAUGUUCAGCUCUUUGAAAAUAAUAAAUUAACUCCUCAAGCAAAAAAGACAAUAUAUGACCACUUAAAUAACAUUAUAGAUAAUACUGUCAAAUUUUUAGUACAAAAUAAAUGCAUAGAAGCAAUAAAUGAGGAUUAUAAUUACAAAUAUUAUUCUACUCCCCUAGGGCGCAUAGCUUCCAUCUAUUAUAUCAAAUGUGAAACAGUCUCUUUCUUUUACAAUUCGAUAGAAAAAGAUACACAGCUUACAGAUUCAGACGAAAUCAAAGUACAUGAUGUAAUAGAUGAUAUCGAGGGGUCUAAUAUCUCUAAGGAAGCGUCUACAAAUAGUAAUAACACCGACGAAAUAAAAAUGACACAUGUAUGGGAAGAAAAAAAAAUGCCUCAAGAGUUUGAAAAAAUAGAGGAGCAAUAUCAAAAGGAACCGGAUGAAAAGGAACAAAAGAAUGAUCACUAUUCGGAUGUAGAAGAUCACUCAGCGAAUGAUGAAAGUAAUAAGGUUAAGAAAUAUAGCAAGCCCCCUCAUGAGAAGCUCGAUUUUUACGGUUUAUUCAAACUAAUUGCACAGGCAAAGGAAUUUGAUGACAUUCCCUUAAGGCAUAAUGAAGAUAAAUAUAAUGUAAAACUACGCAAUCAAAUUCCAUUAGAUAUAAAUAUGAAUAUGCCUAAUAUCAAAACAUAUCUCUUAUUACUUUCUCGUUUAUAUGAAUGUACUUACGAAACAGUUGAUUAUCAUAUAGAUUUAAAAUUAGUACUUGACCAGAUCGCUAGGGUUAUAAAUGGAUUCAUUGAUGUUUGUUUAUUAUUUCACACUUAUAGGUAUAUAAAAAAUUUAAUUUUAAUUUUUCAAUGUAUAAAUCAAAAAAUUACUCCUCAAAAAAAUUCCUUAUAUAUUAUUAAGGACAUAAAUGACUAUCAGAUAGCUAAAUUAAGGGAUUUACAUAUAGGAGAUAUUAAAGAGCUGAUAAAAUUUGAUAGAUCUUUUUUAUACUCACUAAACUUAUUUGAUACUAGUCAACUAGAUUACAUUCUGCAAAUACCUGUCUUAAGUAGUAAUGUAAAAUUAUAUCAUAAAAAUGUGAGUAGUACUGACAAAAGGGAGGAAAUAGAAGAAGGAGGAGAAACAGGAGUAACAGGAAAAGAAGCACAAACGGGAGAAAAAGAAGAUAUGGAAGAAAACGAAAAGGAGAAAAAAAAAAAUAAAAAAAAAAAUAAUAAUAAUAAUUUCUCAAAUAUAUCAUGUGUCAAACAUCUGAAAAAUGAAAAUAAGUAUUCCUUUAAAAUGAAAUAUCAUGAGCCGAACGAAAUAGUUAUCAAAAUAUUUUUUACUGUUUUGAAUAAAAAGGCUAAAGAUAUCAACUCAACCUCUUCUCCAGCAGCAAAUGUUCAAUGGUAUGCCAUUCUUCAUGAUUCCAAGGAAGAUGAAUCAAUUUCUAUCAAAAGAUUUAAUAAUAUUUCUUUAAAAAAAGUGUCCACUAUUUCAUUCAUCUUAGAAGACGUUGAAAGGGGAAAUUACAAUUUCACCAUUUAUGUUCACAACGAUACCUAUUAUGGAAUUGAUCACGAG